GCGAUGCUCCAGCACCUCUUCAGCGCGACAAACCCUAGAAGAAAUGGCCAUUUUUCCGUUGCCCAGACCCCUGGAAAGACGAAGGGUGUCCAAGUCUACUGCCUCAACCGCCGCUUUACGGUUGCAGAUAUGCCGGGUUACGGCAAGAACGAUCGCAGACACGAGGUGGCCCAGGAAGUCCACAACAAGUGGGAUUCCCAAUGGAAGCCUUUGGUGGAGGAGUACCUCAGCACCACGCACUGGCUCAGGGCCGCCAUCUACGUCCAUGACAUCGCCAAAGAUGUGACCGACGAAGAUCUGGAGACCCUGAACAUGCUAAAGAAGUACGGCAUCCCGACUUUGCUCGUCUUCACUAAGGACGACAAG